CCCAAACAACAACUCCAUCUAGCUUUCUGUCUUUGCUUUCCUUCCAUUCCCGAAAUGGUUGCCCAGUUAGACUCGUACCUUGCCUCAGAAGAAAACCCAGAUCAUCACCAGUUACAGAAUCAACAAGAUGAUCCAUAUGAAGCAGAAGAAACACUCUCUCUUUGUGAUCUUCCUACGUACAGUGACUCAGCUAAUUGGAACGACUUCUCCAAAGAUUACCAGAGCUCCUCCUUUGAUCGAGAUGAAGACAACUUCUUUGAGUUCUUCAGCGAAGAGUUUACAGCUUCAACGUACUCAACUGGAAACAAAGACAUCAUUUUCUGUGGGAAGCUCAUUCCCUACAACAAAGAAGCUCCAUAUGUUGCUGCAGCAGAGAAGAAAACUCAGAAGAAUCAAGAACCCGGCAACAAAAAUCUCAACAGUUCCACAAAGAAAUGGAGUCUUUUCCGGUGGAGAAGGUUAAGGGGAUCGAAACACAAGAGUCACAGAAGGUGUGAUGUUCCACUAGGGAAGGUGUCGAUUCUUUCGAGUAAUCGAUCAAAAUCGAAGUGGUAUUUGUUCAUGUUUGGAAUGGCGAGGUUUCCCACAGAGAUGGAGCUGAGAGACAUUAAGAGUAGGCAAAGCAGGAGGAGCCCGUCGACCAUGUUUGGGGCUAAUAGUGAAGCAAGUGAUGAAUUAAUGGGGAAGGGAAACAAAGAAAUUAGCGACAGUAGUAAUAGAGCUAAGGGGUUGUGGGGGUUAUUGAGAGCUAUUGGUUGUCGUAGUCAGCAUCCAAACGCAGUCGUGAAAAGCAGCUUCCUUUAG